GAGGGAUUGAGAGAGAUAGAGAGGACCUAGUCCAUCCAUCUCCCGAUCAGAAAGAGGCUUCAGGGCGCCCGGCAUGAACGUCCAAUAAAGGAGUUCUGUGCAGCAGGGACAAACUUCUCCACCGCGCCUGAAAGUUUCCUAUGUGGCUGCCUUGUGUGCCAACAUGAAAGACGACUUUUCAGAAGAGGAGGAGGUUCAGUCCUUUGGUUACAAGAGGUUUGGUAUUCAAGAAGGAACACAAUGUACUAAGUGCAAAAGUAAUUGGGCACUGAAGUUUUCCAUCAUACUUUUGUAUAUAUUAUGUGCCUUGUUAACAAUAACAGUAGCCAUUCUGGGAUACAAAGUUGUAGAAAAGAUGGACAAUGUUACUGGUGGCAUGGAAAAUUCACACCAGAAAUACACUAAGAAACUUACAGAGGUGGAGAGUGACUUGAAGAAAUUGGGUUACCAAGCUGGAGAGAAAGCCUUGAGCACCAACACAGAGCUUUCAAGCUUCAAAGCUGACAUUCUGGCCCUCCGCCAACAGCUUCAUGAGAUUUCAGAGAAAACAGCAAAGAACAAAGAUACACUGGAGAAAUUACAAGAGUCUGGUAAUGUAUUAGAUGACCGGCAGAGCCAAAUGAAAGGCGUUUUGGAUAGCAACUCUUUCAUGAUCAUGAGUGUCAAUAAAACUCUGCAAGCUUACAAUGGCUACAUCAGCGAUCUCCAGCAAGACACAAGCAACAUUCAAACAAGCUUGCAAAGCCAAAUGCACUCACAUAAUGUAGUCAUCAUGAAUCUAAACAACCUUAAUCAAACCCAAGUCCAGCAAAGGGAUCUCAUCAGUGCUUUGCAGAGAUCUGUGGAUGAUACAAGUCAAGCUAUCCAAAGAAUCAAAAAUGACUUUCAAAACCUUCAGCAGGUUGCUAUCCAAGCACGGAAGGACACUGACUGGCUUAAAGAGAAAGUGCAGACUUUGCAGGCAUUAGCAGCCAACAAUUCCGUUUUGGCCAAAGCUAAUAAUGAUACACUGGAGGAUAUGAGCACUCAGCUUAGCUCAUUCAGCGGACAGAUGGAGAACAUCACUACUAUUGCACAAGCUAAUGAACAAAGUUUGAAAGAUCUCCAAGAACGCCAUAAAGAAUAUGAAAAUGGAACAUCUGCCAAGUUUAACCAGCAAGAAGACCGAUUUCAUAGCUUUGAGACAGACAUAAUCAGCAUCAUUAGUAACAUUAGCUACACUGCCCACCACUUGAGGACACUAACUAGCAAUCUCAAUGAGGUCAGGACAACGUGCACAGAUACUCUUAGUAAACAUACAGAUGAGCUGACUUUUAUGAACAACUCAUUAGCAAAUAUUCGCCUGGAUGCUACUGCUCUUAGGAUGCAACAGGAUGUGAUAAGGGCAAGAUUAGAUAUUGAAGUAGCCAAUUUAUCAGUAAUAAUGGAAGAAAUGAAGCUGGUAGAUUCCAAGCAUGGCCAGCUCAUUAAAAAUUUCACAAUUCUGCAAGGCCCACCAGGUCCAAGAGGUCCCAAAGGUGACAGAGGACCUCAAGGACCUAUUGGUCUUACUGGGCCCAAAGGACAAAAAGGAGAAAAAGGUGAACCAGGACCACCAGGACCACAAGGUGAAAAGGGACCUACUGGACCAAUCGGACCACCAGGUGAAAAAGGUGGAAAAGGCUCUAGAGGCUCACCUGGAUCCAAAGGCCAGAGAGGUUCAACUGGGAAGCCUGGAAUACCAGGGCCUACUGGAGAACCAGGAUUACCUGGACCACCUGGCAAAGAUGGCCCUCCAGGUCCACAAGGCCCACCUGGACCCCAAGGUCUUCAAGGAAUGAUUGGUGAGCCGGGACUACCUGGUGCACGUGGGUUGCCUGGCCUGCCUGGUGCACCUGGAAUGCGUGGUCUACAGGGCCCCCCUGGACCACCUGGGCCAUCAGGUCCAGGAGUACCUGUGGCGCUACAAAGUGAGGCUAAUGGUUGUCCUGUUUACUGGAAGAAUUUUACAAACAAUUGUUACUAUUUUUCAUCGGAAAGGGCCAUUUUUGAGGAUGCAAGGCUUUUCUGUGAAGAGAAAUCAUCACAUUUAGUGUUCAUCAAUAGUAAAGAGGAACAGCAAUGGCUAAAAAAGCAGGUUAUUGCCAAAGGCAGCUUCUGGAUUGGCCUGACAGACUCAGUAAAGGAAGAUGAAUGGAGAUGGCUGGAUGGAACCUUACCAGAAUAUAUAAACUGGAGUGCUGGGCAGCCUGAUAACUGGAAGCAUGGCCAUGGACCAGGAGAAGAUUGCGCUGGGUUAAUCCAUGCUGGGCUCUGGAAUGAUUUUCACUGUGAAGAUGUUAACAGUUUUAUUUGUGAACAAGAGAUGGACAAAGCUCAGGCUCCAGGAUUGUAAUAGGCUAUGAACUAAGAGACACGAGAGACUGAGAUUUCCUUUACAAUGGAAUAUCUUCUGGGAAUGAAUCAUCACAUAACUAAGAGAGGAAACACUAAGAACUUUGAUGAACAAACUUCAUCAGCACAACUUGUUCUCCGCAUUGUCUAAUUUUUCAGGGGCUUUACAACCUGUUGCACAGAAGGGUUCAUUGGAAAUGCAAUUGGACUGAACCGCCAAUAGAUUCUUCUUAGUCAUAAAGCAUACAGAUAUUGAAAAUUUGUUCUGUUAAAAAAUGAACUGUGUCAAGCUUACCACAAAUGAUGACCUUUUCACUAGAGGAAUAAAGUAAAUAAUACAAAGCUACUGUGUAAACAUA